AUGCAGGGAAAUAGAGCAAAAAUUCAUCAACAAGAUUUGAAAACCUUAUUCAAUGACAUAUCUGCUGGACAACUACGACAGGGAUGGGUAAGAUUUGUAGAGAAUUAUAGACGGCGGAGGUUUGGAGCGGACUGGGAAAAUCGUCAGAUCGGUCCACGGGAGUUUUUUUUCUUGGUGCCUGGAAUCAGUUUCGGUCUGCUCAUCCUUGGUGCCGUCUUUCUCUUCGUAUUUCUCAUUGACUCUCUUGGUCAUUCAUUUUCUGAACAUGGAUCAUUCCGCGAAAUCUACGCCUUAACAUCGAUCUCGAAAAGGCUUAAACGGAGAUGA